AUGUCAAUUAUGGACUCCAGCAAACUCUACGCCCUCCAAGAGGUCCCGGGUAAAGGCCUGGGCCUCGUCGCCACCACCAAGAUCGCUAAAGGCACACGCAUCCUCUCCGAAGCGCCUUUGUUCCGGGUUCCUCAAUCCACGAUCUCCAAGAAGCAAGUGUGCGACUCUCUGUCAAAAAAAGUCGCCGCGCUCAGCGACGAUAAACGCCAGGCUUUCUUCUCCCUCCGCAAUUCCUUUGAGGAUGAAGCAACCCGGGAGCUAGGCAUUACCCGUACCAACGCGCUGCCCAUUGGAUCCAACGCGGCGACGGGCGGCAUCUUCCUCGAGGCGUCGCGUAUCAACCAUGCCUGCCUCCAGAACGCCCAAAAUACCUGGAAUGAGGGCCUCCAGCAGCUCACCAUCCACGCCAUUCGCGAUAUCAACCAGGGCGAAGAGAUUACCAUCAUGUACAUCGAGGACCGCGCGAACCGCGCCGCACGCCAACGCACUUUGCAGCGUGAUUUUCGCUUCACCUGCUCCUGUCAACUCUGUUUGCUCCCUCCCUCCCUCCGCGCUUCCAGCGACGCGAGACUGGACGAGAUUCAACGGCUAGACAAGUCUAUCGGCGACGGAAUACAGAUUACCGCUUCUCCUCUCCAGGCCCUGCACAACGUGCGCAAGCUGCUGAAGCUGUUUGAAGAGGAGGGUCUCCAAGAUGCAAGCGUGUCCCGGGCGUACUACGACGCCUUCCAGAUUGCUGUCGUCCACGGCGACAGGGCACGGGCAAGAGUCUUUGGCGAGCGAGCCGCCGCAACUCGGGCGAUAGUGGAAGGCGACGACAGCCCCACAGUCCGUCGAAUGAAGGACCAAGCCAGGGACCCAACCCGGCACCCGACAUACGGCCACUCUUCGCGGUGGCAAACCUCUACCGACGACAUCCCUUCCAGUCUCUCGGCCGAGGACUUUGAAACUUGGCUGUGGAGGGAAGAAAAAGAGAUACCGCAGGAGCAGCCGCAGCACGCCGGUCUCCGCGACGAGGCAACGUUCCCUUCCUUUAACGAGCUGCCGGAGGAAAACGACCUCGACCUCGAAUUUUACGAAUCCACCAACGGGUUUUCGUACAGCCCGCGCAAGCACUGGUGUUUCCUCGCCGAGAUCAUUGACAUCGAAAACUUCCUGCGCCUGAGGCUCAUCGUCAAGGACGGGGCCGGACAUGAUGCGGUCGUCGCGUUCUACACCCCCGACCGCGGCCGCGAACUAGACCCUUCAUGCAUACGGAAGGGCUUUACUCUAGCCAUUCUUUACGCGGAGCAACAUGGGUUUCUCGACAUGUCUACGGGAAUCCGACUCGAAGAUCCUACGGUGCUGAAGGUACGCUUCUAUCUCUAG